AUGGAGAAGAUCGCAUCGGAGAACGAGCGAUCCCUUACCGCUCUCCUACGCUUCCUCAACUCCCUUGCUCCGCACAAUGUCGAGCACCCAGCAGCCGGGACCUUGGAUCUGACUUUCCACAUUAGGUCUAGAGAAGAGACUCGGGACCAAAAGGAAGCAGCCGAGGAAAGUGAUGAUUUGCAGAAAGAAGGGGGGGGAGAGGUAUCGGGUGAUGGGAAGGAUGAAGGUUUAGAGAAGCUGCGGAUGGUGCAGCUUAAGAUAAGGACAACUGGUGGUAACUGCAAGGAUUUGGUGGGCCGGCAACUAUCAGCCUUCUUCCAAGCCUGUGGAGUGUCUUCUCAAUUUGUGUGGCCCAAGGGUUACUGGGACCUCCUCUCUCCUGUCGCUGUCGCACAGCAACUUGCGAAAGAGGACGCCAAAGCUGCUGCUGCCUCAGCAGAAGUAGCUGCAAUUCAGCUGCAGCAGAAGCAGGAGGCGAAGAAGAAUCACCCGAGAUUAGAAGCAGCGUUGGAUGCAAUAAACGGUGCAUUAGAAGCGAUAGCAUCGGUACCGUGGCAUGAAGCUCUGGAGGACAAAAAACGAAUAGAAGACCAGCUUCUGGCAGUGCUGGUGGCAGAUGGAUGGAAGGUGGGAGAGAGUGUGAAGCGCAUGUGGGCUGGGGAAAGGGAUGUGAGGAAGCUGUGUCUGGGGUUGGAUGAAGGGAGCGCAAAGAUGGUGGCUCGGGUGUUGGUGCAUGUGCAGGGAAAUGAUAAGGAGCAUGGGAAAAUGGUGCAUGUGGUGGAGGGGAUGGAAGGAGAAAAGGAUGCAAAGGAUGGAGUUACUGGUGAUGAGAAGGGAGGGGCGCCUCGAGAACCACUCUCACGGCGUUUUCAGCGGCAUAAGAAAAGCACUCUCACGGCUUGUUCAACCCCUUCGAAGGCCACUCUAAUGGCGAGCCCCUCAUCUCUCCGCUUCGUCUCCACCUCUCUUCCCCCGCUCUUUCCUGUCCUCCUCUCCCUCGCCCUACUCAAUGUCGCUCAAUCCUUCUCCCCCUCCUCCACCUUCUCCGCCUCCUCCCCCUCCUCCUCCUCUCACGCCUUCUCCUUCCCUCCUAGGGCCUCUUCUCGCCGCGUUUUAGCCAACGAGGCGCUUCUAGACCACGUGCCGGGUCAUAAGAACAUCCGCACCUUAAACCGCGCGAUCCGGCGAAAGCAGCUCGCGGAGCUCAGCCUUAGCUUCUUUCCGGAAAAAGGGGGAGGCGGUGCAGUAUUCGGUCCUGAAGCGAAGGAGGAGGAGUUGCUGGGAGGGUGGGUGGGAGGCAGGAGGUUGAAACCCAGGCACCUGGCGUGUAGGGGAGGGGACUGCCCUAAUAUGGAAAUGUGUGGGCUGGGCAUAGAAGCAUGCUGGAACCCCGGUUUAGUGGAUCCCGGUUUAGGAGGGCCCGGGGGAGGCGGGGGAGGGGGGAGAGAGGGCAGGGAGGCUAGAGAGGUUGAACCGAGAGAAGGGAGUAGUGAGCGGGGUAUAGUUUGCCCGGUGUUGCACAAAGGGAAAGUGGUACUUAACGACAUGUUCCCGGCUAAUUGCACUGUGGAGCCCGAGGAAGAAGAAGAGGAUGAAUUCCAGCAAGAUGCUCCUGCAGGAGAAGGGGGAGGGGGGGGAUCAGGGGGAGGGGGAGGAUUUGGAAUGGGUGGGGGCGCAGGGAUGGAGUUGGGGGAGGAGGAGGCGUCUGCGGGGAUGGUGGGGGCGGAGCAGGUGUUACCUGGGGCGGGCGGGUGGGCGGGGCAGGUGUUUGUGCUGCACAACGUGUUCGUGGACCCCUGGGGGCUGGUGUUCAACGCCUCGCAUGUCUUCCGCGCAGGGGGGUGCCGCCCCCACUUGCGCCGCCAGAAGGUGCGCGAAGGGGGGAGGGGGAGAGAGGGGGAAUGGGGAGGAGAGUAG